GAUUGCGAAUAUGUCGACGAACUUGGAAAUACACUUCUCGACGACACACCCAUUAGCAAAUCUGUGACGUUUUUUAAAAGAUCCAUGGUGUUAUGGGAAGCUCCCAACAUGGGCAAUAAUGCACCUGCGAUCACCCAAUUGGAUUUGAGAUUCAAUUUUACCCUUGAUGACAAUCUGCCUGCUUCGUUUAAGGCUGCUUACCAUUCGGGUGGAUACAAGAAUGGUGGAAUAGUGUAUAAAUUAAUCGCUGAAAUCUAUGCGCAAGGAACAACAGCCAGCACAAAUGUUCAAGCGGAGGUUUUGAUAAAUAGAUGGAGUCUUCCGAGCGAGAAAUUAGAAAAACCAAUCAGGAUGAUCAGAUCCAAUCAUAAUAGAACGGACGAGAAUUCCCCAAAUUCCCCCAUUGACAAAAUCAAGCACGAAGUGUUAUUAAAUCAAUCGUCAUAUGAUAUGAAUACUUCAAUCCGAGUUCCGAUCCGAUUGAUUUUGCCAACUCCCCGUUUGUCAAUCAAAGAGAUUACCAUUCAAAUCAAGGAAUAUCAAAAAUUAAAGCCAGGAUUAGAUUUCUCGGAAAAUGUCACCACCCGUGAAAUCUUGAGGAAACGAUUUAAAGGCGAUAAAUUAACCCCUUUGCUUAAAGAUCCCAAAAACUUGAGUACCGAAUAUCUAUUUAACGUCGAUGCCGACAUACCAUCGCUCGAAGAGAAUCUAGUGACCCCGAAAAUUGAAAAUGAUUUCAACAUAUCUCACCGAGUUUUUCACAAGUUAAAGAUCAAGAUCAAGUUUAAUGUCUUUAGAGAAUUAUCCUUGGAAGGUAAUAUCGAGAUCAAGAAUAGUGUGGAUCAAGGAAUAAUAGAAUUGGGAAGGCUCAAAGGCGAGAUUUAUCCGCUAAACCAUGUUCGAGAAUAA